AUGGAGGCCUAUCCCGAUGGAAUCACCAAAGACUAUGAGUACGACCCGGCAGCUGUCCAACGUGUCAACUUCCGCACGGUCAAGCAGCCUCGAGCCAUCGUCGACCCUGACCCGUCCUGGCCCCAAGCUUUCGAAUCUAUCAAAAGACGCAUCGCCGAUGCUCUCGGCGCAAAGGCCCUCCUGGUCUCCCACGUCGGAUCGACCUCGGUCCCGUCCCUCCCAGCCAAGCCCAUCAUAGACAUCGAUCUUACCGUCCCAGACGCCACCGACGAGCCAAGCUACGUGCCAGCCCUCGAGUCAGCCGGGUUCCUCUUCCUCACGCGGGAGCCACACUGGCAUGAACACCGCCUCUUCACCACGGCCGAGCCGCACUGCAACCUCCACGUCUUUGCGAAGGGAAGCGCCGAGCCUCUGCGGCAUCUCAUUUUCAAGGAAUGGCUGUUGGCGAAUGAGGACGACAAGCAACUCUAUGUUCGGGCUAAAAGGGAAGCUGCUGCUGCGAGUGUCGCUGCCAUGAGCAUGAUGGAUUAUAACUUACGAAAGCAAGAUGUGAUCCGUCAAACCUUGCGGAGGGCGUUCAGAGCCAGAGGGCUUCUCGAGUAA